AUGGAUGAGGCCGUCGCCGCCGGCAGGACGCUCAACCAGGAGCAGAAGGAGGUGAUGCGCUCCAAGCCCACCCUCGCCGCCGUCAUCGACGAGCUCGAGCGCCUCCGCGCCCCGCUCGCCGUCGCCGUCGCCGAGGAGGUAUUCGUCUCCGUCCCCCCCGUCCCCGCCCCCGCCCCGUCCGCCUCCGGCUCCGAUUCGUCCGUCCAGGACCUCCUGGCGCUCGUCUACUUCGGCGCCCUCUUCGACGUCAAGCCGCAGAGCGACUUCAUCGCCACCAUGGCCGCGCGCGAGCACGAGCGGAGCAGCUGCAUCACCUACGACUGCGUCGGGGACGACACCGUGGACCUGCUCGUGGAGGGCGACCUCGACGUCGUGUCCGCUGUGGCCGCCCUCGCCGCGGCUCGCCCUGCUUCCGCGGUCGGCGUCUCCCACCGCGACGCGCUCCAGGCCUGUGCACACCAUGCCCGCUUAUGGCUCGCCCGUGCCGACGAGCCCAUCCACCCUGGCUCCUCUGUUACUUAUGCUGCGGUGAGGGCUAAGCUGGACAGGAUCAUGGCAUCAGACUACUACACAGCAGCUGCAGUUGGAGGCUAUGGAGCUGAAGGUGUGCAGGCACAGGAGAGUAUGGCUGCCUCACCAGAGGCAUCAGCAGUGGAGGAGAGCGGCGCCGGCGAGGCGCCCAAGGUGGAAGAGGCUCUUUCUCUGAGGAAUCAUCACUAGCAAUGGUAGGCAGCUGCUGAAGAUUGUUUGGAACUGCAAAUGGUUGUACUGAACCCCACGGGACAAAUCUUUUACGGGCUGAAAGGCGCCGAGCAAGAAGCUCACUAUUUUCACUGUAUCCAUUUCCACACGGAGGUUUGAAUGGUUUUCGAGCUAUCGCUGCCGCAUCAGAAACUGAAAGGAUACAUGGAAUAAGUGGCUGCCUUCUGACAACCAGGUUUCUUCAAACAAGAGAGUGCAUUUGUGAUGCUAUAGUCGAUUAAACCAAAAUAAAUUUCAGUGUGUGCAAGGCAAUCUAAGAGAAAAUGACUUGUAACUGAGAAAAAGGCUUAGAGUGAACAUUAGCGAUACAUCACAUAGUGCAAGAUUGUUCCACCUGA